CCGGGUACCGCUCGCCGCCGCCGCCCACGUGCGCGCUGCUCCAGCGGAGCGCGUCUUCCGUGCCGGCGGCAUUUUCUGGUUUUCUGACUCUCAUCUUUCUUUCUUUUGACUUUUUGCAUAUGGGAAAAAGUUGAGCCGAAAGUGUCCACCAAUUGCCACGUCCCCAUUAUCCUCCUUUCCCGCCCCACUGUUUUUGUUUUUUUAAAGCAGUGUCAACGGUUUUUUUUUUUUAAAGUGUCUAUUUUGUUUUACGAUCGAUAGUUUCCCGGCGGUUGCUGAUCCGCGGAGUGGCGUGGACCUCAUGUAGAAAUAACAGCAAUGGAAGGGGCCAGCGGGUCGAGUUUUGGAAUAGACACGAUUUUGUCCGGUGCCGGUUCCAGCAGCCCCGGCAUGAUGAACGGAGAUUUCCGCCCUCUUGGCGAAGCUAGGACCACGGAUUUUAGGAGCCAGGCCACCCCGUCACCCUGUUCGGAGAUUGAUACCGUGGGAACGGCGCCCUCUUCUCCGAUCUCGGUCACCUUGGAGCCCCCGGAGCCGCACCUCGUGACAGACGGGCCCCAGCUUCACCAUCACCUCCACCACGGCCAGCAGCCGCCGCCGCCGCCGCCGCCGCCAGCCGCAGCUCCCGCGCAAAGUUUGCAGGCUUCGCCCCAACAGCAGCCGCCGCCGCCGCCGCAGCCACAGUCCGCGGCCCAGCAGCUAGGCUCGGCCGCCUCGGCCCCCAGGACUUCCACCUCUUCUUUUUUAAUUAAGGACAUCUUGGGGGACAGCAAACCUCUGGCGGCUUGUGCGCCCUACAGCACCAGCGUGUCUCCUCAUCACACGCCGAAGCAGGAGAGCAACGCCGCGCACGAGAGCUUCAGGCCAAAGCUGGAGCAGGAGGACCCCAAAACCAAGCUGGACAAGAGGGAAGACUCCCAGAGCGACAUCAAAUGCCACGGAAGUUCUUCACGGAAGGCGGCCCGGGAGGAGCCGGGCCCGAGGUCUGCAGCUCCGAAGCCUCUGCGCCCGGGCUGCUGCGAGGACUCGCGUGGAACCGGCCUCUGCGGCCCUUCCUGCUUCGGUCGCGGGCGCGCGCGUGGCCUCGGUGGCUGCGAGCCAGGAGAGAACAAGCACUCCGGAGGAGGCUGCUCUGCAGGUCGCGCCGCGCGGGGCCGGGGAUCUGCAGCGCUUCUCCCUCCCCGCGUGCUCACGACUCUUCGCGGCCCCGAGACCGUGGAUGGGAGUCCCAGAGAGGAAGACGGCGUCGUCGCGACCGCGAGGUUGAACUUGAUUUGCAAAAACCGGGCUGUGGUCCUCGGUGCUGCCCGUGGCAGGGGAUGGCCACGUGCCACACCCGCGGGCCGCGCGGGACGCACCAGGCGCUGGCGCCUCGGCGCCGGGUCUCUGUGCUUGCCUGGCCUCCCGGCUGUCUGGCAGUCUGUAAGCUCCUGUGUUGGUGACAGAGGUGACAGAUGA